UGCCCUUCUUGUGCGCCAUGGAUCUCCUCUUCGGCGCCUACGGAGUUGCCUCCGAUGACGAGGGAGGCGAAGGCGAAGAUAAAGAACUCGCUGCCCCGGCUUCCAAGAGACCCCGUUCGGAAGGGUAUACUCCGCAGCAGAGGCCCUCACCGUCGGUGACCGUUCGGCACCAUCGCCUCUCCAGCGGCACAACCGAAGCCCCCCUCGCCGCCGGGAGAUAUGUGUCAAAGAGGGAGAGGGCGAUCUUGGCGGCAUCUUCUAGGGUUUCCAAUCCGUCGCCUCCUUAUCCUUCUAUGGUCAUCACGUCUCCUGUUGUUGGAACUCUUUCGGAUUCAGAUCUACCAUCUGACGUUUUGGCAUCACUAAAGUGUGAGAAAGGCAUCCAUGCUUGGAACAAGAAAGUUCCUGAUAGACUCUCUGUUGCCUUACAUGGCCAUAAUAAAGCUGUCAAUUCUGUACAAUGGUCGCAAAGUCAUGGCCAUCUUCUUGCUUCCGCUGGGAUGGAUCAUACAGUCCAUGUGUGGAAUGUAUGGAGGAGAAAUCAGCAGAAGGCAUGUGUUUUCAAAUUUCAUGAUGCGGCAGUAAAGGAUGUGAAAUGGUCUCCACAAGGGCUCUCUUUGCUUUCUUGUGGAUAUGACCAUUUGUCACGGCUGGUUGAUGUUGAAAAGGGGAUAGAAACACAACUAUUCAAGGAAGAUCAAAUUGUGGAGGUGAUCAAAUUCCAUCCAGGCGACUCCAAUCUCUUCCUUUCUGGUGGAUCUAAGGGCUUUCUUAGACUCUGGGAUAUACGAGUUGGUAUGGUGAUACGGGAAUAUCUCAGAGAUCUUGGCCCGAUCCUUGACAUUGAAUUUAGUGCUGAUGGAAAACAUUUCAUCUCUUCCAGUGACACUUCCAAGAGCAGGGUUUCUGAAAACUCUAUCAUUGUAUGGGAUGUCUCACGACAAGUUCCUUUAUCUAAUCAGGUUUACACGGAAGCUUAUACCUGCCCUUGUAUCAGGUAUCACCCUUCUGAUGCUUGUUUUGUUGCACAGUCAAAUGGCAACUACAUUGCAAUUUUCUCUGCCAGAGCCCCCUUCAAGUUAGAUAGGUACAAGAGGUAUGAGAAUCAUGGAGUAUGGGGCUUCCCCAUCAAGUGUAAUUUCAACCUGGAUGGCCAAGAACUUGCCUCUGGCUCCUCAGAUGGCUGUAUUUACUUCUACAGCUAUAGAUCUUCUGAGCUUGCGAGGACAAUCAAGGCAUUCGAGCAGGCAUGCAUUGAUGUUGCAUUCCACCCCGUGAUGCCGAAUGUGAUAGCUUCAUGCAGUUGGACUGGUGAAGUUUCUGUGUUUGAAUAAAACAAUUUCCUGCACCUUAUCCUCAGAGAGAUAACCUUGUCCAUUUUAGUGCAAAUUGGCUUUCCAGCCAAACUCAUUGCUUUUGAAAACUCGUUCCAUAACCAUUCACUGAAAGUUCCCAGAGGACCUGGUAGAUUGUGCAUGCUGAUAUCUCAGCUGUUCUCUGAAGUAGACCUUCCAGGUGAAGCAUGCUUGUGAACAUAGGAAAGUAGUUGCAUAUGCUUGCCGGUUAUAUAAGUGGUGAAUAUGGUGCCAUGUUAUAUUUAUUGCAUUGUUGCUGACACACAAUUGAAAAUGCUGAUGGAAGAAGUAAUGCAUACCUGGGACUCAAUGUUAAAUUAUAUGUAACUUUGUUCUUGAAAUGGUAUGGGAGACUAGAUUAAUCUCUCA